CAAUGUCCAUUCAGCAAUAAACCAAAACAACGAAAAUGAUUCAAAACAUCAUCUUGUUCCUGUUAAUGUUCCUUCCCUUUCUUGUUUUCUUCUUAAUCAGACCAUAUUCAAACAAGAGCAAAACCAGUGUCAUCCCAAAAUCAUACCCAAUCAUUGGCAGUUACUUAGCACUCAAGGCCAACUCCCACCGCCGCAUCCAGUGGCUCUCCGACAUCGUCCUUGCCUCCCCUGCUGCCACCUUCACCCUUCGCCGCCUUUUCGGCAUCCAAUCCAUCUUCACCGCCAACCCCGCCACCGUGCAGCAUAUCCUCAAGAACAACUUCCCCAAUUACCGAAAAGGUGAUAUCGUCGUCGGAACCCUCUCCGAUCUCCUCGGAAACGGAAUCUUCAACACCAACGGCGAGGACUGGAAGUUCCAGAGACAAGUUGCCAGCCACGAGUUCAACACCAAAUCGCUCCGCAAUUUCGUGGAGAACGUAGUCGACAGCGAACUCUCCGAUCGGCUCGUCCCCAUCCUGUCCGGCGCCGCCGCAAGGCAGGAAGAAACCCUGGAUUUGCAAGAUAUCCUUCAGAGAUUCGCGUUUGACAACAUCUGCAGAAUCGCGUUCGGGUACGACCCUCAGUACUUGAACUUAUCAUUUGAAAGAAGCGACUUCGCCGAGGCAUUCCAAGAAGCAACCGAGAUCAGCAGUUUACGGUUUCGCGAACCCUUACCUUUCGUAUGGAAGCUUAAGAGAGCCCUCAACAUCGGAUCUGAGAAGCGAUUGCGAAUUGCUGUAUCUCAAGUGCGCCAGUCUGCCAAUAAACUCGUCAGAGAGAAGAAAAAGGAGCUCCAUGACAACUCAUCGCUUGGAUCCGUCGACAUGCUCUCGCGGUUCUUGAGUUCCGGUCACUCCGACGAGGACUUCGUGACGGACAUAGUGAUAAGCUUCAUACUCGCCGGAAAGGACACUACCUCUGCGGCGCUGACGUGGUUCUUCUGGCUGUUAUCGAAGAACCCUCGCGUUGAGAAGGAGAUUCUGAAAGAGAUAAACGAGAAAUCAGAAGCUCCGGUUUACGAUGAAGUGAAGGAGAUGGUGUACACGCACGCUGCCUUGUGUGAGAGCAUGAGGCUGUACCCUCCGGUUCCGACGGACAGCAAGGAGGCGGUGAACGACGACGUUUUGCCGGACGGGACGGCGGUGAAGAAGGGAACGGUGGUGACGUAUCAUGUUUACGCCAUGGGCAGGAUGGAAAGCCUUUGGGGUGGUGACUGGGCGGAUUUUAAGCCGGAGAGGUGGUUGGAGAGAGUUGAAGGCGACAAGUGGCGGUUCGUGGCGAGGGAUUCUUUCAGCUAUCCGGUGUUCCAAGCGGGUCCCAGGAUUUGCUUGGGGAAGGAAAUGGCAUUUUUGCAGAUGAAGAGGGUGGUGGCUGGAGUUCUGAGGAGCUUUAGGGUGGUUCCCACGGCGGCCGACGGGGUUGAACCGGAGUUCAUUUCGUUCUUGACCUCUCAGAUGAAAGGUGGUUUUCCUGUCAAGAUUCUUCAAAGAAAAGUUUGAUUCAAGGAUCACUUUCUCACUCAGUGUGGGCACGUGCUUCAUGUUUUAUUGUUUACAGUUAAAUUUACUCUAUAUAGUACUCAAUAAAAGGUUUUUGUUUAGUUAUUAAUUAUUAUGCAAUAUCUUUCCUAUAUUUGUUGUAAUGGCUAGAUUCUUCCGUAUCCAAAUAGGGGACUAAAUGUAAGGAGUAAAAAACAUAGUCCAGGAUCUAAUUGAUUUAUAUAAAUAGAUAUAGUAAAAAUACAAAAAUAAUGAAUAAUUUUAUUGAUA